AUGAUUACCCUGAAGGGAGAGCAGCCAGGAUCCGAGGAGGCGGCCUUGAUCGCCCAGUUUCGCCGCCUCUUUGCGCCCAUUUUGGAUGACAGUUUGAAUCUGUACUACCAACUCAACGAUUUGGAUGACGCGGAGCACGUGAGGAUUCAUCAAACGGUGGCCCAGAUGCAUGAGCUGACCAGCAGCGAGGAGGAGACGAUGGUGACCCAGGUGAACAGCCCAUCGCCGCCAGUGGAGGUGGAGCUACUGCUGCCACUUUCCAGCAACACAUCCACGGCCAGUAGCUCCCUCUUUGCGAUCCACACCCCAUCACCGGCUCAUCCUAGCGGUCUGCUCUUGAUACCCCAGAACUUGGAGUCACCAAUGCUGUCCUGCAGUGAUGCCAUCACGAUCACCGAGCAGGUGCAGCUGCAUAAUCCUCCGUACCAUCUGCAGGUCCUCGAGGACGAGAACAACACAUCCUGUUCGCUGUCAUCGAAUCUGACGGAUAGCAAAACCCUGGAUGGUCGUACCCCCAUUGUGGUGUAGUGGAUUUUCUCCCCCGAUCUGCUUAACUUGUGAUUUUGUUUACACAGUCUUAGGGACAACAGCAAACAGUUAGCGAAAAGUAAACCGCUUAAUGUUUAAUAUAGUCUUAAAUAAUGUUUGUGUGUAUGUGUCUGUCAAUGUUGUUUAAAUAUUAAAUGCGUUUAUGCGGAAUUCAUGCUAUUUAUAGAAAAUCGGAAUUAAAAUCUUGUGAAAAAUAUUCCCAAAGCUUUUUUUUUUUUAAAUAAACCAAAAAUUGUAAUAAAUAUGAAUAAAUUCAAAAAUUAUUUGAUUUCAAAACAUUUCCAUAAAAUGUAAAAUCAAUGAAUUCACAAGAUAUAUUCAUUUUCCGUGCAUUUUCAUUUAAUUCCUAUUUUAAGUGAGAAUUAUCAAUCGCUUAGUUCAAUACAUUGUUUUCCAGCUUACAACAUUUACAAGCUUCUCAUUAACUUCAACCGCAUAAACGCAAUCUUAAUGCAUUUGUUAGGUUGCCUAAUUUUUGGCUUUUUAACCCUACAUCAAACCAUUAUCCCAUCAUUCAUGAUCUCAUAAGUUUUGAAAAAAGGAUCAACUUUGAGCAAAUUUUUCUCACUUCGUUCGGAGCAAAAAAAGGGAAGUUGUAUAGGGAACGGUAGACAGCCAGAUGGUCCGAUGGAACUCAAAGAGUUCAUCGGUAACCCCUAGGGACUUGGCAUUAAAAAAUCUCAUUUGUCUCUCAUGCACCUAGCGAAAUAAAUUGUAUUUUCCUUGUUCUCUCUGCACUCAUUUAUAGAAAAAUUAUUCUUUGCUAUGUAGGUAAAUUUACAUGAUUUUUAUCAUCAUAUGAUCUAUAUAAAUUACCAUCUAAGCUUAGCAAAAAGUCGAUUUUAGUGUACGAGAAGACAUAUGCAUAUAUACUGAUAUAAAAAUGAGUAAAUUGAAAUUUUAGCAUACUAUUUUAAGAUGUGAAAGUGUUAACAGACGCGCAAUUCUUCUUCAUACAGUUGGGCAAUACGUAUAAUAAACAGUAUUCAGUAAUAACAACAUAAAAAUAAAAGAAAAUUAAAAAUGAAUACCAAAAUAUAACAAAAUAAAGUAAGUUAAUGUUAAAUUAAAAUAUUGAAAAGGAAACAACCUGACAAGA